AUUUUAUUUCUCCUGUUUUGAUUCAAUUUAUCUAAACUACUCCCUCCGGUCCUAUUUAUAAGCAACAAAAAAAAAAUUCACAUAGUUUAAGAAAUGUAGUUAAACUAGGUAAAAUGCAUUAAAUAUGUCUUGAAUAAAAAUAAACUUCCAAAAUUACCCUUUGUUAUUAAUGUUGGAAAGUGAGAAAGAGAGAGAAUAAUUAAUGAGACACAUUUUACAAGUUAGAAUUAAUAAGGACAUCAUUGGAAAAAAAUAAUUAAUAUAGCUCAAACUUUCAUUUGGUUCUUAUAAAAAGGACCAAGAUUUUUCUUCUCUUUCAUGCUUAUAAAUAGGACCGGAGGGAGUAUAAGUUUUCCAUAAUUUUUGUUCUCUAGCAAUUUUAGGCAACCGAUUUGCUUUGGAAUUAUUGAUGGAGGCCAAAUAUUUUCGCUUUCUUAAGAUUGUGGGGGUUGGAUAUAAAGCGAGGGCUGAAGCUGCAGGGCGGCUGUUGCUUCUCAAAUUGGGUUAUAGUCAUGAGGUGGAAUUAACUGUGCCUCCUGCAGUUCGUGUUUUCUGCUUCAAAAACAAUGUAGUUUGUUGUACUGGAAUAGACAAGCAAAGGGUGCACCAGUUUGCAGCCACUGUUCGGAAUUGUAAGCCACCUGAAGUUUACAAAGGGAAGGGCAUAAUGUACGUCGAUGAAGUUAUUAAGAAAAAACAAGGAAAGAAGUCUAAGUGAUCAUGUAAUCUUAUGUGAUUUCGCCAAGUCUAGGACUCAUAUGUACAUUGACUAGACUUCAUCUGCAGAAUUUUCACUCAAUUCAGUAUUGGAAUUCUUGAACAGAGCAUCAUGGAUAAUCAAAGUACUUCCUUUAAAAUAAUAAUUAUCUUGCUCCAAUAUGAUUGACAUGUAUCAUUUAGAGUUUAAUGAAAAUGUUAUUUUAGGGUAUGCCCUUUAUCUGGAAAUUGUGAAUUGAUUUUGAUAGUGGUGACAUGUAAUAUUGGGCGUAUUUCAGGUGUUUAAGCCUGGGCUACACUGGAGUGUAUUUG